GUGGUGGUGUUGGUGGAUUUAAGGAUAAAUUGACAUGGUGUUGUCCAUGGAAUCUGUUGUGCGCGUUUUUGUGGCGGGACGCCAAAUAUAUUGUUGUAAAACAUUGACACGGUGAUGGUGAUGAAGUAUCACCGGUCAACUUUAAUGCUGUUAUACUGAAGAGAUAUAAAUAUAUCACACAAGAGAGAGAGAUUAAAUACUAUAUACAUAAAUAUAUAUUUAAUAUUAAAAAUAAUAUAAAUAAAUAAUAGCUAAGAUUGUUGAUAAAUCAACAAUAAAUAAUAAUUGGUAAGUGAAGAAAGGGAAUGGUUUCAUUGCCGAGUACUGAAACUGGAACAAUGGACCGAAUUGAAAGACUAUCUGAUGAUGAUGAUGACACCCAGACGAGUGGAUCAGAGGCAUAUGAAGAGGGUGAUCUUCUUGCAUCAGCAAUGGAUGAUGACGUGACGGCCCAACUCGCCGCUGCAGGACCAAUUGGUGUUGCUGCAGCUGCUGCAAUAGUAUCAGCUAAAAAAAGAAAAAGACCACACAGUUUUGAAACAAAUCCUAGUAUCAGAAAGAGACAACAAAACAGACUUUUAAGAAAACUCCGGCAAACAAUAGAUGAAUUUGCAACAAGAGUUGGUCAACAAGCAGUAGUAUUAGUUGCAACACCUGGUAAACCAAAUAGUAGUUACAAAGUAUUUGGAGCAAAACCACUUGAAGAUGUAGUUAAAAAUUUAAGAGCAGCAAUUAUGGAAGAACUUGAAAGUGCAUUAGCACAACAAGCACCACCACCAGUACAAGAUGAUCCAUCAUUAUAUGAAUUACCACCACUAAUUAUUGAUGGUAUACCAACACCAGUUGAAAAAAUGACACAAGCACAAUUGCGAGCAUUUAUACCAUUGAUGUUAAAAUAUUCAACUGGAAGAGGUAAACCAGGAUGGGGUCGUGAAAGUACAAGACCACCAUGGUGGCCAAAAGAAUUACCAUGGGCAAAUGUUCGUAUGGAUGCACGUUCUGAAGAUGAUAAGCAAAAGAUUUCAUGGACACAUGCAUUAAGACAAAUAGUUAUUAAUUGUUAUAAACAUCAUGGAAGAGAUGAUCUGUUGCCAGCAUUUAUUGAAGAUGAUGAUAAAGGAAGCAUAACAAUCAUUCAACAAACACCACAUUCAUCAAAUUCAUCACCAAAUGAUGGACAAUGUGGUCAAUUACAACAACAACAGCAACAACAACAGCAGCAACAACAGCAACAACAGCAGCAACAACAACAACAGCAAACGGUGGGAGUUGUUCAUUUGUGUACAAAUGAAUCAUCUAAGGGAAACUCAUCACCACAGCAUAUACUUGCUGCAUCACCUACGGCUCUUGCCACUGCCACUCAGAUGUCAGGGUAUCCAACAACUGUUCUUCAAACAAUAACAAAUGCAGAUGGAAGUGUAUCAAUUAUUCAAAUGGAUUCAAGUAAUUCAAUAAUAACAUUACCAGAUGGUAGUACUGCCCAAGUACAAGGAGUUGCACAUAUUCAUACGAGUCAAGGUGAUGUUGGAACACUUACUGAAGUUAGUGGACCUGAUGGUACAAGUGUUGCUGUUGAUCUUAAUAAUGUUACUGAGGCAACAUUAGGACAAGAUGGCCAAAUCAUCUUAACUGGUGAAGAUGGACACGGAUAUCCAGUGUCAGUUUCAGGAGUUAUAACAGUACCAGUAUCAGCAAGUAUGUAUCAAACAAUGGUGGCAAAUAUACAAAGUGAUGGAACAAUGGUACGGUAAUAUACAAAGGGAUGUGAAACAAUGUAACAAUGAUCAAUGCUAAUGGUGAACAUCAAGUACUACAAGUUAUAUCACUUAAAGAUGCAAAUGCACUUACAAAAGCAAUGCAAGGUGAAAUGAUUAAAGAUGAAGAUAGUCAACAGCAUCAAACACUUUCUAGCCCAGAACAAAUUAAUUAAAUAUAUAUAUAAAUUAAUUAAUUUAUUAAUAUUAAAAUAUAUUAUAUAUAUAUUUUAUUUAUUUUUUCUUAAUUAUAAAACAAACAAAAAAAACUAAAAAACAAACAAACAAACAAAAAAAGUAAUAUUUUGUUUUGUAAAGAGGAAAAAUUUUUUUUUUUUGUUUUCUUUCUUAUUCAGGUUGUUUAGAUUAUCUAGUCCAAUAGUGAUACAACUUGAUCCAAUUGAUACAACACAUUUUUAAUGGGAAGCCAUUAAUCAGUUUAAAAAAAAAAAAAACAAAAAAACAUUGACAAAAGUAAGAAGACAAGAACAAUUUGUUGUUUUUUUUUUUUUUUUUUUUUGAUAAAUAAAAGUGAGUGGGUGUGUAUGUGUGUGUGUGUGGUCAAUUUUUGCUGAUAAUAUAAUAUAAAAUUAUAAAUAAUUAGAAAAUGUAUUAUGUGUGUUAAAUGAAGAUGACUAAAUUAAUUUCAUUGAAUAAUCAUUUUUUUAAGUCUAGACAAUGAUGAUUCAUAGAUAAUUGAUUUUAAUAUUAUUUUUUAUUUAUAAUUAAAUUGUUAAAUUAAUUUAACAGUUAGGAAAUAUUUUAA